AUGUCAGGAACAGGAAGAGUCCUGAUAAGCUGCCACACAUUGACUGACUCUGAUGGGAGGAUGCUGCUGCAGCCUCUCUGGAACGUUCUGCUGGGACACUCGUCCCUCCUGCUCUCACCUGUCUUCCCCGUCCUCUUCUCCCUGUCCAUCUACCUGUCCUUCUGUCUGCCCUUCCUGUUGCUGGACCUGUUGUCCUCCAGGUGGGCCCUGGUGCGCAGGUACAAGCUGCAGCCUCAGAGCUCUGUCAGCUGGGCCUCGGUGCGGAGCUGCCUGGCCCUGACGCUCUACAACCACAUGGUCUUCAUCUUCCCCCUCACCCUGAUGCACUGGUACGUGAGGCCACUCCACCUGCCGCAGGAGGCCCCACCCCUGCCCCGCCUCCUCGCUCAGGUGCUCGUCUGCCUGCUGCUCUUUGACUUCCAGAGCUUCACCUGGCACUUGCUGCACCACAGGGUUCCCUGGCUUUACCGCAACUUCCACAAGCUGCACCACACCUACACCUCCACCUCCGCCCUCACCACCGAACACUCAGGAGCGUGGGAGACUCUGAGUCUGGGCUUCUUCGCCGCCUGCACCCCCGCCCUGCUGGGCUGCCACCCGCUCACCAAGCUCGCCUUCUUCACGCUCAACAUCUGGCUGUCGGUGGAGGAUCACUGCGGCUACGACUUGCCGUGGGCUACGCACCGCCUGGUGCCACUGGGGCUGUAUGGCGGGGCCCGCCACCACGACCUGCACCACCUCAACUCCAAGUGCAACUACGCCCCCUACUUCACCCACUGGGACCGACUGGCCGGGACACUGUACAUACCGCAAGACUGAAUUACUGACGGAGGAGUUUGUGAACUGAUGGAGGAGUCUGUGAGCUGAUGGAGAAGUUUGUGAACUGAUGGAGGAAUUUGUGAAGUGAUGGAGGAGUCUGUGAACUGAUGGAGGAGUCUGUGAGCUGAUGGUCGAGUAUGUGAACUGAUGGAGAAGUUUGUGAGCUGAUGGAGGAAUUUGUGAAGUGAUGGAGAAGUUUGUGAACUGAUGGAGAAGUUUGUGAACUGAUGGAGGAGUCUGUGAGCUGAUGGUCGAGUAUGUGAACUGAUGGAGGAAUAUGUGAAGUGAUGGAGAAGUUUGUGAAGUGAUGGAGGAGUUUGUUGAAACAAGGACGUUUGUGAACAGAUUUAAAGCUGAACAAAUUUCUGAUUGUUCAGAAAUAUUUACGUCAGAUUUUCUUUUACAAUAAAAGACUGAUGACAAACUGUACAGACACAAAUAUAGACACAUAUAUAUUUGUAUUAUUAUUUAUUUGUUUAUUUAUUGAAGAGCGCAGUGAGGACUGAUGUGAGCCGUCUGUAACUGUCUGUCUGCAGUAAAAUGUUUUUAUGUGUUGAAUCUUUAAAAUCAGAAACUCUGCAGCUUCAGACCAGAUGACCUGUUUUAACAGCAGAUUUUUUACAGUGUAAUUUUGGCCAUUAAUUUUCAUGUUGUUUGAAUCAUAUGAAGAGUUUUAUAAUGAUUUAUGUUCCUGUGCAGCUGUGCUGCAUCAAGACCACAUGUUUAUUUAUUCUUAAUACAUCAGUUCAUAUUGAACAGAUGAAUAAGGUGCGGACCACGACAGUUUUUAUAUGAAUAUAUAUUUAAUAUCAUUAAUGGCAGCUGAUUAAUGUUGAAGCUACAGUUAUAUAAAGUCUGAGCGUAAACAGACAACAGGAAGUGAAGAGACUGAACUGUGAUCUGUCGAGGAAAGAAACUACUGAUGAAUGAUUGUCUGAGUUGAAAGUUUCAAACGUGACUGAAAAUAUGAAAUCAGUAUUUAUAUGAAUCUGUGAGAAUAAACUUUAUGAACUAAAGUCA